GCAGCAAGAUAAAGGAGUUUGCAUACCACUGCAUCAGUCUUUGCAUAUCCUGUCUGACUCUGCCUGUCUCUCUGUUGCUGGCUGCUGUCACCCAUGAAAAAAGGGAGGGUGAACUAACUCUAAAGGAAGCAGACCUAUAUUACAACAACCCCACGCUUGAGUCAGCUGCGACGUCUCCACAUGUGGAUUACUGGCAGAAAGAGAGGGACGAGCUGUCAGUGAGAGCUCCUGCAGUGGUCUGACUGAAACUUAAGGCUCCUGUCGUAUUAUUUUGAACCUUGUGUUAGUGACAGAGCGGAAUCGGUUCCUCUUUACUGACUCUUCAGCUGCCUGUUCACGUUGUACGGCUCUUGCUUCUCGGUACAUGGCGACAUUUCUGUCUUUUUUGUUGUGUGUCAGUGUGUGAUUCAACUCGGUGCCAAUGAGCGCAAGUCACAGCUUGUGUGAAGUUCAUUAUAAGCAACAGGAGCAGCAGCAGCGGAGAAGGAAGAAGAAAGCCUUAUAAGGAGCACAAGCAGCGGAUAAAGUUGGAUUAUUGUCGGGCGGGGGGCUUCUUCAGUUUUCCUGUUUGUUAGAUUUUAUUUUAACCACAGGACGUUAUGACUUCGGUGUGGAAAAGACUGCAGCGAGUUGGUAAAAAGGCUUCAAAGUUUCAGUUCAUCGCUUCUUACCAGGAACUCGUUUUGGAGUGUACUAAAAAAUGGCAACCAGACAAGCUGAGGGUGGUGUGGACCAGGAGGAACAGACGAAUGUGUUCCAAGCUCCACAGUUGGCAACCUGGAAUCAAGAACCCCUACAGAGGCAUGGUAGUGUGGCCUGUCCCGGAAAACAUCGACAUCUCUGUUACUCUCUUCAAGGAUGCCAAUGCUGAUGAAUUUGAAGACAAAGAAUGGACCUUUGUCAUUGAGGGUGAAAAUAAGGGUCACCGUAAGGUGCUGGCAUCCGCUGACAUCAACCUGAAGCGGUUUGCUAGCCCCACGCUAACCCAGACUGACCUGACGCUGAAGCUGAAGCCACUGUCUGUCAAAGUAGUGGAGGCCACGCUCAAGCUGUCCCUCUCAUGCGUCUUUAUUCGAGAGGGAAAAGCCACUGAUGAAGACAUGCAAAGUCUUGCCAGCCUGAUGAGCGUCAAACCCACAGAUAUCGGCAACCUGGACGACUUCAAUGAGAGCGAUGAAGAAGAGGACAAGAAGUCUGUGACUGCCACAGUUGUCCCCCACACUCUUACCCGUCCAAAUCGCCCUGCUCCCCCUCCACCUGAUAAGCGAAACUCCACGGCAUCCACUUUGCCAUCCUCAGCCAGUGGAAGUGAUGGUGGUCCUUCCAGUCUCGCUGUGCACUCCCGGCCUCCUUUACCAAUUGCCCCCCGCCCUUCUCCACGCCGCUCACGACAUCCCUUGUCCACUACUCCUGUCCAGUCAGAGAUCCAGCCAUCCCCUGGCCCCUCCCCUCAGCCAUCACCCAGGUCCAAGCAUAAGAAAUCUGCCAAUCCUGUUCUUCCUGAAGCGUCUUCUUUGACUGACUCUAAAGCUCCAAGCUCCCAGAUCACAGCAGAUGCUCCUUCAAUCCAGAGUAUGCCUUCUGUCCUUCCUCUGCCUGACGUGCCCACCCACACUCCAUCUCUUAAAUCCUCUGAAUCUGUGUCUCCUUUACCUCCUGCCUCACUGGUGUCAGUUCCUGUGAAUUCUUCAUCCAGUUCCAAUGAAGGUGCUGCAGACUCAAACACACCUUCUUCUCUGUCCUCAAAGCCUGCCUGUGCACUUGCCACGAGCAUUUCUUCUUUACCUCCCAAACUUCCCUCCACUUCACCGUCGUCACCUGAGCCCAUUGUAACACCAUCUUCCAUCACUUUACAGAAGUCUUCACUAACCGUAUCUACUUCUCUCCCCCAUAAACCCAAAUCCACUGGCUCCCAGCCCCUUUCUAUCAAAUCUUCCUUCCCAACAAAAUCCACCCUGUACUCUGAACCUCCAUCAUCUCACCCUCCACCCACCUGGACCAUCUCUCAGCCUCCCUCUCUGCCCAAAAUCUUCCAGUCAGGCUCUGCAAAAGCUCCUGUUUCAUACCAGCGGCGCCCCCCAGAGAUUCAAACUGCAGAUGAUUCUGCUUCAGCCUCUGGACAUUCUCACAUUUUCAGACCUCAAAUUGUCAAGUCAGUCGCCCGACCCACAUCUCCCUCUCCUUUUUCUUCUGAUGCCCCUCUUCUUUCAUCCAUACCCCCUCUUCCAAAAUCUCCCACCUCUAGCUCAGAGUCAGGUGCUCACGGAGCAAAGUUGAAAUCUGACUCUGUUAGAGCUGAUGGGGACAUCGCCCCUGUUCCUCUGUUAACUAGUCCUGAUCUUGAUGCCCUCUGUGACCCAGCGGCUCCAGUCUGUCCUGCUUCUAUCCUCUGUACUUCACCCCCUCAAUCCUCUUCUCUACCAAAGCCUGCCUUUUUCUCCUCACCUCUCACUGUAACUCGUCCUUCUGCUCCUCCAGCACAUACCAGCUCCAGUCGGUCAGGCUUAACAUUCCCCCUCGCUCAGGUGGAUGAGGAAACGCCCUCAGCAGUGAAAGAAGCAGCCGCAAGCCCUCUGCACCAACCCAAGGAUUCCCUCCAAACCAAAGGGACGGCUUCACACAGCAAGAUGUCCACUCAGCCACUCAGAGCAGCCCAGGAUUCAAAGGUGACCAUCGCAGAAAACAAAGUCGGACCAGUGCGGAUCAGUCCUCCCCGGACUCGCUCAGAGCUGAUCAUAGCGCCACCCCCUCCUUGGCCCUUUGCUUCCUGCGAGCGCGCCACUCCCCAGCAGCCCUCCACCACUGUUGUGGCAGCAUUUAUAACUCCUAAACAGCCCAAUGUUCCAGAGCAAAUUGAUGUUAAAAAGCCUUCCAGUGAGAGUAUUAGUAGCUCCAUUAACACAGAAAAGCCGCCCUUGGCAAAGCCAGAGCCAGAGCCUGACUUUGAUGAUGUCAUCUUUGAGUCGCCUAACCAGAGACAAGAAUCAAAGGAUUUGUUUCUGGAAGAGGAUGACUCUAAGCACGAUACUAUCAAAAGGUGUCCUCCAGGUCUUGAACAAAAAAACAAUGAAAAGAAGUACGGAGAAAAGCAAUUAGAGGGAGCAGCAAUCGCAAAGGAGCAGGAGAAGCAGAGGGAGGCAGAAAUUCAAAAGAAACAAGAGGAGGAAAGGAGGCGAAAAGAGGAAGAGCAAAAGGCCAUGCUCUUAAAGCAAGAAGAGAUGAGAAAACAUGAGGAAGAGAAGAAGAGACUGUUAGAAGAGGAGAAGAAGAGACUGUUACAGGAGGAGGAGGAGAUCAAGAAGGAGAAGGAAAGGAUGAAACGUGAGGAGGAGAGACUCCUGAAGGAGAAGAAAGAGAAACAGGAGAAACUGAGGGUAGAAGAGGAGAUGAGGAAACGAGAUGAGGAGGAGAGGAGAAAAAGAGAGGAAGAGAGGAGACUCCUGGAGCUGGAGGAGGAAAAGGAAAAACUCCAGAGGGAGGAGGAGAGAAGACUUGAAAGAGAAAGAUUCAUCAAAAAGAUGAAGGAAGAGGAGGAGAAAAAGAUAGGGGAGAGAAGAGCAGUUGAGGAGCAAAGAAAAAGAAGGGAGGAAGAGAAAAAGAGGCUUGCGGAAGAAGAGGAAAAAAGAAAGGUGGAGGAGAAACGCUUGAAAGAGGCCAAAGAGAAGGAGCAGCAGAAAAUAAUAGAGGAGGAAGAGAGAAGAAAAAGGGAGGAGGAGGAGAAAAAACUCAAAGAGUCAGAGGAGAGAAAGAAGAGAGAAGCGGAAGAAAAGGAGAGACAACUCAAAGAGGAGAGAGAGAAGGAGAUAGAAAGGAUGGAGAGGAAGAAAAAGGAAGAGGAAGAGAAAAGACGUGAAGAGGAGGAGAGGAGAGAGAGGCUCUUAAAGGAGCAGAAAGAAAAGGAGAGGAUACAAAGGGAGGAAAUGGAGAGAAUUAAAAGGGAAGAAGAAGAAAAGAAGAGGCGACUUCAAGAGGAGCUGAGAAUGCAGGAGGCAGAGAAGAAGAAAAAGGAGGAGGAGGAGAGAAAAAAGAAGGAAGAUGAGGUGAAGAGGCAGAGAGAGGAGAAAGGUGAAAGGAAAGUGAAAGAGGAAGAAGACAGGAAAAAGAAUGAAGAAAAACAAAAGCAGAAGCUGCAGGAGGAGGAGAUGGAAAGAAGAAAGAAGAAGGAGGAGGACGACAGGAGGAGGAGGGAGGAGGCUCGAGCAGCAUCGGUCUGCAGUCUGGAGGCCAACAGGUCAGAUGAAGACAAAGAAAAGAUGAAAACCGUUUCCUCCUUGUCCAUUUCUGAGUUAGACACACACACGCCCCCUGCUGGUACCAAACACGCCAUUACGGCUCUUAAAAAUGUGACACAAAUAAAACUUCCUGCUCCUCACUUCCCUCCGCUGGUCAAAAGCAGCACUGCAUCCAAGCGGCUUCCCUCACAAGUUCCCAACCAAUCACAAGACAGAGAGAAUGCCCCUCCAUCAGUUCGUAAACCAAACUCCAGCGAGCGCUCACACGGAGAGGAUGCUGCUGAGGUACACACGCCUGUUAGGCAAGAGAGCCAACCAGUUAAAGCAAAAGAUGGAGAUGCACAUCACAUUGCCGCACCCUCUGCUCAGCCCAGCGCACCGGCAGUUAAAGAGGAGCCUAAAGAGCCAGAGGGACCCAGGGUGGAAUCAGCAACCUCAGUCAAGGUUCCCCCCCGAGAAGCUGACAAGCGCGUGACUCUGGCGCUGGAGCCGCUUCAGCCCUCAAAACCAAAACCAGAACCAGAACUGCGGCCGGAACGAGAUCUUCAUCCAUCAGGAAAACCACAACAGGAGGGAGCAGAUGAGGAGAAACCAGCCGAUGCCGUGCCUGGUGGUCACAAGCAUUUCAUCAACAAUAAGGACCCAGUGUGCGAGGCAGAAAAACAGCUGUGGGCAGCUGUGGAGGAGACCACCACCGAGAUAGGAGUGGAAAAAGGGAUGGAAAGUAGUGAAAGCAAGGAAGCGAAGGAGGAGAAGCUGAAAGAGGAGGAAGGUGUAAUAGGGGGUGCUGAGAAAUGUGCGCACACAGAGGCAGAUGUGUGUGUUGCAGAGCAGCAGAGGGAGGCGCCUGCUGGUUUCAUGUCAGCAGUAGUUGGGGUGUUAUACAGAGGCUACGAGACAGUGGCCUCCAUCCUGCACACAUCAGGAUCGACUCUUCCAGGUCAACCGCAACCCUCUAUCAAACAGCCAUGCCACCUUAUAAAUAAUGAACUCCAACCAUGUUUACAUGAAGUAGAUCCGGAGAUCUUGUGUUCCUCUGAGGUGGAUAAUGAUCCACCGAUUCCCAUUGAUGUGGACAUUUUGCCACCCACAGACUUCUCUGACACAGCAGAGAGUCAGGCGACUGCAGAAGAAAAAGUUUCUGAGACUCAGAAACAAGGGUGCUCAUCUUUAAACGAGGCGCACAAUCUGGUGGCAAGUCUGAGAAGAGCUGCUAGUGAACAGGAGAAAGAAAGAGAAGAGAACAGGGAGAGAGAGGAGAGAGAAAAGGGGGAAAACAUCAAGAGGGCAGAGAAGGAAGAGAGAGACAGGAAGGAGUGGGAAGAGGAAGCAAAGAAAGAGAAACACAGGUUGGAGAGGGAAAAAGAAGAGGCAAGAAAGAGGUUGGAAAAAGGGAGAAAGGAGAUGAGGAUGAGUGAGAGAGAAAAGAUAAAAGAGGGAAUGGAAGAAAGGAAUGGAGUGGGAGAAACAAGGAAAGGGAACGAGCAUAAGGAGAAAAGGGAGACAGAGACCGAAACAAAGCAACAGAGGAAGGAUGUCAAUGAGGAAGUAAAGAAAAAAGAGAAGAAAGGAAAAGGAAAGGAGGACAACCAUGGAGAAACCCCACAGUGGAGGACAGAGGCCCUUCCUGUUCUUGCUUUAGAAAAAGUCAAACAGAAAGUGGAUAGCAGCCAACAAAACAACUGUCCGCCACUGAGGGAGGUAGAAUUAGAGGAUAUUGCAUAUGAUGAGAGGUCACAAGGUAAUAAUGAGGAAUCAGGAUUCAGUUCUGAUCCUAAACUAGCAAACACUGUAAUAUCUAAUGCUGAAGUAUUGACCAGACCGGCUGAUUCUGCCCCUGCAGCCAAAAUUAAAACCAACAAAGCUGAGGACUCUGUUUGUAUUGUUAAGAAAGACAUGGAUGAUCCUGGCUUCAAAUCAGUUAAAAAAGGCAAAUCCUAUCUUAAACAUGGAGCCAUCCCAGAGUGGCUGAGAGAGGAUGAUGUUGAGGAAAUAUCAUAUGAGAGGGGACAGGAAGAUCUUGGGUCCAUCUGGCUGGCUGAGCUGUACAUGGAAGGGGGAGCAGGACCAGGCCACCCUUCCCCAGCUGUAAACCAGAAGUCCUCUUCAAUUGUUUUCAGCCAACAAACACUUUACCAGAGCCCUUCUGCCAGUCAGCCAAAUAAACCAGACCUUCUUGAGUCAUUAACCAGUCUAACAGACAGUCCACAUCCUAACCCUCCGUCUGUGUCUCAGCAGGGGAUAUCAGUCAAUCAGACAGUGAGGAAUAAACCCGUUCCCCAACUUAAUGAAUCACAGAAACAGCUGGUAAAAGGACAGAGAGAUGCUGUUGCUACAAAUACUAGCCAUAGCCUUGAGGUAGCAGCUGAUGAGGAGGGAGAACUUGUUCAGUCUUCAGUGAUUCCUUGGCCUCUCCCUCCAAGCACUUCCAACAUACAGUCUGAUCCAAAACAUACUAAGACAUACACAGACAUGAGCGUCACUAAAGUUGAUGGUGACACAAAUACAGCCACACAAUCACACACAAGUCUUGAAAUGAAGGUUAAGGAAGAUGUGAACAACUCCAAGACUUUCAGUUUAAACAAGAGUUACAGUGACAGCCAAAAGAGUGACAGUGCACAAAUGAACAACCUUUGCAUGAGUCACUCCAAAGACCAACAACUCAAAGAAGAGGAAAAGUUCCUAUUGGCUAAAAUUCGCCUGAUGUCAGGUGACUCAUCCCCGGUGUCCAGCGUUCACAAUAUGAAACGACUCAUCCCAGCCCCGGGGGAUAUUGACUGUGACACUGAGCAGCCAAAAAACCAACUGGACAUCGCCACAGAUCUCACUGUUGUCAGUCAACACUUAGUUAUUCCCAGCUUUGAUGCCCUGCAGGAAAUAUCACUAACCGAAACAGAAGAACCACAUGCAGAGGAAAAUGUGCCAAAACACCAGCUGGCUGACCUCCCUGAUGACGUAGUUAAGAAACCACCAUUUCAGCUAGAAGACUCCCCCAGCAUAGCCCAUCAUUGUGAGAUCACAUCAUCUCGUCUUCCUACUUUACCAGAAGAAGAGACCUCUGACCCCAGGAUCCCUGAUCCUGUUACCGUGGUCAGGGAGGAGGCUGAUGGGAAGGACGACACAGCUGAGGAUCUGGUGAACUCCAGCCAAUCGCUGCUCGAGUGGUGUCAGAGCAUCACUAGUGGGUACCGGGGGGUAAAGGUCACAAACUUCAGCACUUCCUGGAGAAAUGGGCUGGCCUUCUGUGCCAUCCUACACCACUUCCAUCCAGACAAAAUAGAUUUUGACCAGUUGGACCCUCAUGAUAUCAAACUGAACAAUAAAAAGGCGUUUGAUGGCUUCGAGGCGCUGGGAAUCUCUCGGCUGCUGGAGCCGUCAGACAUGGUCCUUCUGUCCGUGCCUGACAGGCUCAUAGUCAUGACCUACCUCAGCCAGAUCCGCUCACACUUCACCAACCAGGAGCUGAGCGUGCUGCAGAUAGAGCACAACAGCAGUAAGUCCAGUUACGGCGUCGCCCUCACCGGCCCGACUCCCACAGAUGUGGACGCUGCUGCUUUCUGCAUGGCCAGACUAAAUGAAGGAGUGAGUCUAGAAGAGGGAGGAAGCAGCACGCUGGUGGUCCCGCCGCCAAGAGCUAAACGACAGCUUAAAGUGGAGGAGUCCAUAACCCCAGUCCCGCCCCCACGGUCUCUUACAAAGGUAGUCAAGCCUGGGCCGGCUCAGGAUGAAAAUGCAAUGUCUAACUCUGCAACAGAAAACACUAAUAAUACAGAGUUUCAGUGUGCAGAUGAGCCCCAGCCUCCAAAACAAGAUGAGGAAACGAUGUCUCUGCAGGACACCAGCCAGUAUGUGUUGAGUGAGCUGGCGGCAUUGGAGACAGAACAGAAGCACAUCGACAGCAGAGCUGCAGUGGUGGAGAGACGACUGCGAAGCCUCAUGGAAACAGGAAGUGACCGUGAUGAAGAGGAGAGACUGAUCCAGGAGUGGUUCACUCUGGUAAACAAGAAGAACGCUCUGAUACGCAGACAGGACAACCUGGAACUGCUACAAGAGGAGCAGGAUCUGGAGAGGAGAUUUGACCUUCUGACCAGAGAACUGCGCGUAAUCAUGGCUAUUGAAGACUGGCAGAAGUCCCCCGCUCAGCAGCAGAGGGAGCAGCUGCUCCUCCAGGAGCUGGUGUCUUUGGUCAACCAAAGGGACGAGAUCAUCAGGGAUAUCGACACCAAGGAGAGGCGGGCCUUGGAGGAAGAUGAGCGUCUGGAGCGUGGUCUCGAAAUGAGGAGGAGAAAAUACAGCAACAAAGAAAAAUGUGUGUUACAGUGAGACGAGUGAGGACAAGCACAAACGGCUUUCAGUACGGAUACUCCAAAGUCCCAAAAGAGUACUUUUUUUAAAAAAUAGAAAGUUGUUUUUUUAAGGAUGCUGGGGCUCUGUAUUUUCUUGUAUUUAAAGUGCCUUGAGGACUGCUUUGAGUUUGACACUGCAAAAAAUAUGUCAUCUUCUCUGAUAAAAAAAAAGAAAUUCAAAUGUUCGUUAUUUUAAGUGUGUCUUAAUAUAUAAGUAUUGAUUGAUUCUUUUCACCUAUUUUUAUUUAUUUAAAUUAUGUAUCUGACUGUUUUACAUCUAUUGCACAUUUGCUUUUUGUGUGUUUCUGUUUCUAAUCUGUGACUUUCAGUAUUCAAACACUGGCUUAUCCUCCAUUGUGAAAAACGAGGCCAAAAUAUUUGCAGCUUUGAGGGGAAUUUUAGUUUACAGUUGUUUGUAAUCUGCAGGUUUCUAGUAAUGUCACCCUACUUGUCGCUUCCCCGAGGAAAAAGUCCAUAAACACGCCCGAGCAUUUUGGAUAUCAAAAUAGUAUGUGGUAAGUCAUGAGCUGGACUCGAAUGCCCAAUGUUGUUAGCGGAGGAUACGUGUUUUCAGAUUCAGGAUGACCCCCUGCAGCCUCAUGGAGCUCAAAGAUGUUUCCAGCCUAAAGUUACACCUUGGUAACUUGCAGUCUUUGUGGAUGUGAUUGCUCACGUCUGCAAUAUUCACAGAAAUCAAAGUGCUUUCCAUUUCUGUGUCGACUACUGUAUGCAUGCUUAUGCAGGUGUGCUAAUAAAGUGGCACUGUGCAGCACAGCGCCACUGUGUAUUCAUACUAUAGCUGCGUAUAAUGAAAUGAGGAUGUUUGUGAUGAUGAAAAUAAAAAAAUAUCGGCUGGUUG